AUGGCUACCACUGGUAUUAUUAUCUUAGGAAAUAGUGGCGUAGGUAAAAGUUUUCUUGCGAAUGUAAUUCUUGGUGAAGAAGCUUUUAAACAUGAAACCAGAAUGAACGCUUGUACACUAACAACAGAAUAUAGAGCGGCUAGAAUAGGUGAUAAACAAUAUGCUGUCUAUAACAUUCCGGGUUUUAUUGAAGCUGAUCAGGAACGUAUUGAUCAUAAUAUACGUGAAAUUGAUGCUGCAUUUAUUGGACAUCCAACUGCAGUCAUAGUCUUUGUCCUGGGAGUUGGCAAUGGUGGUCGAAUUAUUAAUGAAGAUAUUGUUGCAUUUAAUGCUAUCAAUAAAGCUUAUCGAUUUGGUGAAAAGUCAAUAAUUUUUGUUUUAAACCAACUAGAUAAAAAUAAAGUAAAUGAUUAUAAAUCGUCGGCGGCAAAAGAACAGUUAAGCAAACUUUUACACCUUGAUGUUCGUCAUUUAUGCGUGGUUCCUAAAAUCGAUGCAUCUUCAUUGAAUGAGAAAAAAGCAAUUCAAUCUGAAUUAUUGAACGCAAUACAACUUGUUCCAGCAAAAACGCACAAAAAGGAGCAAGCUAUUACUUUAUUACUAACUGAACUAUUCGGUUUAAAAGAGCAAAUAGCUGAGUUACAAAAGCAAUUCGAGGAAGACAAGAAGCAACGACAACUAGAAGAACAGAAAGCAAAGCAUCAGUUAGAGCUCCAACAGAAGGAACAUCAAUUACAACUCGAACGAAAGGAACAUGAAUUAGAACUUGCAAGAGAACAAACACGUCGAAUGAUGGAAACUAUGCAUAUUAGAGACAGUUCAACUCCAGUAUAUACUCCGUGUUUUCCACCGAUGCUCUCUUCUGCUCCACCAGUUUUCGAUAUCUCGCGUUUUCCUACGGGUUCAAGACCCCUCAAAGCUGAUGGUACGCCAGACCUGCGUUACAAAAUAAAUAGUAUAUUCAAAUAAAAUUAGUAAAUAACUGCGAAGAGAUUUAUCUUUUAUAUUUUUCAUAUAUAUUUGUAACUCAUAUUUUCAUUAACCGACAAAUAAAAUCAUUAUCGGACCAUUUAGCAACAAGUAAUGUUCGUCGCCUGGACUUGCUUGACCCUCUACUGAUUGAGGGAUAUUUUUAAGCUCAAUGAUUGCAAUUUCACCGCAGUUUUCCAUAAUUUCAUAAAAAACAGCGUAAUAUCAACGACAACCACUAAAUUUUCACUGCUUACACUACUCUAGAGAAGGAAUUUUCUCAAACUUCUAUGUGAGAAAGCUUUUCCAGAAAGCUCAUUACUUUGGAUUUCAAGUCUAUGGGUGUAAUGAGAGGGUGCAGGCGUUCAUCAUGUCGCCUGAUGUAUUCGUAUUAGUGACCAUAGCCUUUUUUAGAAAAUAAUUAUUAUGGUUUCGCAAUUAUCAGGUAGCAGUAUUCAGUUUUCUCUUACGAUAUCUGGAUCCUAUGUGAAGUACAAGAAAUGGAAGAAGGAAGUGACUAACAUUUGAAGAGCGUUCCCAUGACUGUUGGUAUCUGGUGACUUAUAACCUUUUAUUUUUCACACUUUUGAAAAGAAGACUAUAGCAACAACACAAAACAGGAAAAUCAACUAACUAAAAGACUUUUAUCACGGUUUCCAUAUAUUCCUCCUACCUACUCCUUAAUGACCAAUAGAGAUAAGAUAAUAAAAAGAAUGGUAGCGGACAUAGCUAGCGCCAGUACCUAACAUCUUCGCGCAUUUGCCAGUGAACAGAGUUAUCUGUUCACCAGAAAUAUGUUAAACAAGAAGAAGAAACCUACACGAACCGAAUUUAACAAUAGAAUAAUUGAGAAAAGCAUACAAAAAGGAUUCAACAAGAAUUCCAUGAAAGAAAACAAAACAAUAUACGCUACUAAAAACAGAAAGAACAGCACAUCAUACGGGAGGAUGAAAAUACAAGUAGCACUCGUCCCUUGGACUCGCUUAACCCUCGGCUGAAUAUUGCACCGCUACCGGAGUUCUUCAUUUCUGCAGAGCGUCUGCGUGUACGUGUAGAUGUAAAU